GAUUUUUAGCUGUUUAGGUUGAUAAAUUGAACUUACCCUGUCUUCCGCUCAGGCCCCUAUCAAUCUCGCAUUCUAAUACUAGAUACAAUAAUAAAUCUUUGACUUCAGUACGCGAUUAAUUUGUUCCGAAAGUUUCCACAUUUAUGUAUAACAAUCUACAUAAGUUAAAUUGUCCUUAAAUAUUGCUUUUGACAUAUAUGUCGUUUAAAAUGGUAGUUACGAUAUGUUAAAUUUAGACUGCGUAUCUAUAAAUCCCACGUAACUCCAAUCCGUGUAAAUUGGGGAUUUACUACUGUACCAUUUCCAAUGAAUUAAGGUUAUAGUUCCACAGCGUACGAGGGUGAAACAGUUCUACAAGUCUCAAAGUGAUAAAAUUUCGAAAUUAAUGAAAAGUUAUUAAUUUUACAUAAUUAACAAUUUCUUAAUACUUUUUGUAAAAGACAAAAAUGGUGAUGGGUAGUGCAGUUUUACGAACAUCGGCAAUAGACUCACCAAAAUUACUGUACAAGUUUUUAUUACGGGAAUGUCAAAAACUUCCACAUGGAGCUAAAGAAUUUUACAAACAUUCUAUUAAACAAAAUUUCAAGCAACAUGUUUAUGAACCAGAUCCAGAACGUGUUAAACAAAUUAUACAAAGAGCAUUAGAUGAUGCUAAGUGGAUUGUGCAAAAGUAUGAAAAACAGUAACACUAAAAUUAAAAAGAAUGAGUCUUUCUUGCUAAUGAUAUUUAGAUAGUUGAUCAUAGUUUUAUUGCAAUGGAUUUUAAGACAAUUAUUAGCCAGGAAAUCAAUGUAGAUAUUUCUCAAUUUUGGAAAGGUAUAUAUAUAUGGCUAAAUAGUCCUCACACAGUGAAUCGUAGGAUUUUAGCUUCUACUAAGAUAUUGACUGCAGAAGUGCAAAGUAAAAAAUCAAUUUCAUUACCAACAUGGAAAGAAAAGCUUCAUGAAACAUGUAAUAUUUUUAAAGAAAAUCCAAGUAAUAUUGAUGGAGAUGUCUUAUUAAAUGUUUUCAAUUAUGCUGAUAUUCAAGUGAACAAUUGCAGUAAUAUUGAUAUUACUGCUGCUGAAAAUAAGGGAAUUUACAUAGUUGUUAAUAAAUUAUUACCUCGCAGUACAGAAAAAUUUUCAACGACUUUCGAACUUACAAUACUUGACAAAGCAGCUCACAGUAUUACUUAUCUUCAUGAAAUUAUUUAUGCUGAAAAACAUACAUUAGGCCUUAAAUGGCCAUAUAGAAUACAAUUUGAAGAUAUUGGUUAUAUUUCUAUUAAUAUCAACAAUUCAGAAAAUGUUGAAAAUGAACAGAGCAUAAAAUGGUUGAAAGAACAAUUGUUUACGCGUUUAAUAAAGUGGAUGAUGAGCACUUUGCCCUGUAAUAGUGUAAGAGUAAUCUCUUUAAAUCUAAUAUCUUCUGAAAAGUAUAUGACUCUGUAUAACAACCUUAAGAAGAAGUAUGGCACACAAAUGGUGAAAAUUUGGCCAGAAACAACUGAUCCUAUAAAGUUCGUGUAUGAGGAUGUCGCCAUCGCCACAUAUCUACUUCUGCUAUGGGAAAAGGAAAGAAUAGAAAAAGGCAUCCUUAAUAAACAAUCGUUUGUUGAUCUGGGCUGCGGAAAUGGUUUGCUGGUGCACAUUUUAGCCAGCGAAGGACAUCCAGGACUGGGAAUCGAUUUACGCAAACGAAAAAUCUGGGAUUUAUUUCCAAAAACAACACACCUAGAGGUGCGAACAAUAGUACCAUCUUCCUCCAGCUUGUUUCCCGAUACUGAAUGGCUUAUCGGUAAUCAUUCAGACGAACUGACACCAUGGAUUCCAGUAAUAGCAGCACGCAGUUCUUAUAAUUGUCGUUUCUUCCUAUUGCCCUGUUGCGCUUAUGAAUUUGAUGGUCAAAAAUAUCAGAGAGAUUGUGCGGCUAUGAGUCAGUACUCCGAAUAUAUGCAAUAUUUGAAUAAUGUCUGCACACAAUGCGGUUUUAAGACUAACGUGGAUAAAUUACGAAUACCGUCUACGAAGAGAAUAUGUCUAAUUGGUUGGGAACGAACAUAUUCACAUUCAUCCAGUGAGUUACAAGAUCGAAUCAUUCAAGAGAUCAUUGCAGCACGGUCUGCAAAACGAAAUCAAAACUUUGUUAUCGAAAAAAGUGCUAUUCAUGAUCAAUGUUGGACACAGAAUUUCAUACCAAGAGAGGUCAUAGAAAAAGUCAGGAAUUGCACGCAAUUGGAUAAGAAUCUCAUUGCCGAUAUCGUAAACAUUGUCACUAAGGAAUUGUUAAAAAGAACACGCAUGAUAUCAAUCGAGGGAAGACCCGACUUUACAUGGAAUGCUGGAGGUCUCAUUGAAAUAAAUAAAAUAGCUAAUAUGAUACCACUUUCUUUAUUAAAGCAAUUAAAAAGUGAGUGUGGAGGACUUCAGACGUUAUUAAAAAAUAACGGACAUAUAUUUGAAGUUAGAGAAGGCAAGGUCCAGUUCAAAAUGCCUGGAAUUAAACCAAUUAGAAAUGUUAAAAGAAAAGGCAAUUUAGGAAUAAUUAGGAAAGUUAAAAUUUGCUGGUUCCACCAGAAUCAUCCAAAUGGAUGUCCCGCUGAUGAAGCUUAUUGUAAUUUCAAACAUUAAAUAGAAUAUGAUACUCAGUUAUUAUACUUUAAGACGAACAACAAAAAUAUUAUAUUCCGUUAUUCUUCUCCAUUUGAAAGCAUUUAAAUGAGACAUCAAGUAACUCACACGAUGCUGAAAUGUUAGAAAUACGUAGUACAGACAUCGUGAAUCGCCAUUUCCAUGUAAUAGAAAUCGUAAAUCCGCAAAGGACAUCUUAUAAACGUCAUUAAGAAAUACAUUUAUUCCAUCUACAGAUGGAAUAAAUGUAUGUAAGUUUUUAGAUGUUAAAAAAUCCUACCCGAAGGUGCGCACGUUGUUAUAAACA